UCAGACAGCCUAGGCAGGUUCGUCCGAAACCUCGUCAUCCUCGUCUCACUCAGACAUACACACAAACACACACUCACAGGUUUAAGAUGAGUCGGCCGGUGCAGAGGCAGCCUCAGGCUCUGAGUGUUUCCUCUGAUGCAGCUGAAUGGGCUUCUGGGGUCUGUGACUGCUGCGACGACAUGACAGAUUGCUGCUUUGCCUUCUGGUGCUGUCCCUGUUUCGCCUGUAAAACCACUAAACAGUUCGGUCAGUGUCUCUGUCUUCCCCUGCUGGAUGUCUUUGGGUGCAUCCGUCCAAUCACCAUGUCCAUGAGAGUCUCCGUACGUCAACACUACGGCAUCAAAGGCAGUUUGUGCAGUGACUGUUUGUGCUCCACCUUCUGUGUGCCCUGCGUCUGGUGUCAGAUGGCCCGAGAGAUGAAGGACAGGCAACUCCCCACCACGCUGGGUGACAUCAUCCACCGCUGAUGACAUCAUCGCUGUAACAUUAUUGCUGUGACAUCAUCACUGUGACUCAAACCUGUAUUGUUUACAUGUUUACCAAACGUUCCUUGACACUUUACUUGUAUUAAUUGUCUGCUUUGCACAUUCUUGUAUUUUUCUUUAAUAUUUAUCAAACAUGGUUGUUUUUAUACUUUUUCAUUCAUUUAGUUUGAUGCAUUGUGUAUGUUUUGUAGUUUUUUCCCCAACACAUUGUACUCUGCACUAAUUAAGG